GUGAGAGAUAGGAUGGUAGCUGGGGAGGCGAGUAUGCGCAGCCCAAUCCUGGCCUGCUGGCAGCCAAUUCUCCUUCUGAUGCUGGGAUCCAUGCUGCCUGGCUCUGCCACAGGCUGCCCACCACGCUGCGAGUGCUCUGCCCAGGAGCGUGCCGUCCUGUGCCACCGGAAGCGAUUCAUGGUCGUGCCAGAGGGGAUCCCGACUGAGACCAAGCUGCUGGACUUGGGCAAGAACCGCAUCAAGACACUCAACCAGGAUGAAUUUGCCAACUACCCUCACCUGGAGGAGCUGGAGCUAAAUGAGAACAUUAUCAGUGCCAUUGAACCUGGGGCUUUCAACAACCUCUUCAACCUGAGGACGCUGGGGCUCAGGAGUAACAGGCUCAAGCUGAUCCCCUUGGGAGUGUUUACCGGACUCAGCAACCUUACCAAGCUAGACAUUAGUGAGAACAAAAUUGUGAUCCUCCUAGAUUACAUGUUCCAGGACUUGUACAACCUGAAGUCUUUGGAGGUGGGGGACAAUGACCUUGUCUACAUCUCCCACCGGGCCUUCAGUGGCCUCAACAGCCUGGAGCAGCUGACCCUGGAGAAAUGCAACCUGACCUCCAUCCCCACGGAGGCCCUGUCUCACCUUCACGGCUUGAUUGUGCUGCGGCUGCGCCAUCUGAAUAUCAACACCAUCCGGGAUUACUCAUUCAAGAGGCUGUACCGGCUCAAGGUCCUUGAGAUCUCACACUGGCCCUACCUGGAUACUAUGACAUCCAACUGCCUCUACGGGUUGAACCUGACCUCCUUGUCCAUCACCCACUGCAACCUGACGUCCAUCCCGUACGUGUCGGUGAGGCACUUGGUUUACCUCCGGUUCCUGAACCUGUCCUACAACCCCAUUGUCACCAUUGAGGGCUCCAUGCUCCAUGAUCUGCUCAGGCUGCAGGAGAUCCAGCUGGUGGGAGGGCAGCUCACCACAGUCGAGCCCUUCGCCUUCCGCGGCCUCAAUUACCUGCGCAUCCUGAACGUGUCGGGGAAUUUGCUGACCACCCUGGAGGAGUCGGCCUUUCACUCAGUGGGCAACUUGGAGACGCUCAUCCUCGACAACAACCCCUUAGCCUGCGACUGUCGGCUGCUCUGGGUUUUCCGGCGGCGAUGGAGGUUGAACUUCAACAAGCAGCAGCCCACCUGCUCCACCCCCGAGUUCGUCCAGGGCAAGGAGUUCAAAGACUUCCCUGACGUCCUCCUGCCCAACUACUUCACCUGCCGCCGAGCACGGAUACGGGACCGCAAACCUCAGCAGAUCUUCGUGGAUGAAGGCCACACCGUCCAUUUUGUCUGCCGGGCAGAUGGGGACCCGCCCCCCACCAUCAUGUGGCUCUCUCCCCGGAAGCACCUCAUCUCUACCAAAACCAAUGGGCGGCUCACUGUCUUCCCUGACGGCACGCUGGAGGUGCGCUACGCCCAGAUCCAGGACAAUGGCACCUACCUAUGCAUCGCCAGCAACGCGGGUGGCAAUGACACCAUGCUGGCCCACCUGCACGUGCGCAGCUACUCCCCAGACUGGCCCCACCAGCCCAACAAGACCUUUGCGUUCAUCUCCAACCAGCCCAAUGAGAGCGAUGCCAACAGCACGCGCGCCACCGUGCCUUUCCCCUUUGACAUCAAGACUCUCAUCAUCGCCACCACCAUGGGCUUCAUUUCCUUUCUGGGGGUCGUCCUCUUCUGUCUGGUGCUCCUCUUCCUGUGGAGCCGGGGGAAAGGCAACACCAAGCACAACAUUGAAAUUGAGUACGUGCCGCGCAAGUCCGACGCGGGCAUCAGCUCUGCCGACGCGCCGCGCAAGUUCAACAUGAAAAUGAUUUAA